UAUUAUCAAGAGGAAGAGGAAGUGAUAGAGAGAAAGAAAGAAAGCUAGCGCAAAAAGGUGUUUUAGUUUUUAUAAUUAAAAUUAAUGGCAUCUUUUGCAGCUGCUUCUUUUCUAUCAUCUUCUUCUUCUUCUUCUAAUCCUUUUCUUUCAUCAUCAUCAUCAUCAUCACUUUGUUUUCGUCCCAAUCAAUCGGUUCCAGUUGUUGGUUUUCGAAAAGAUUUCAAGACCAAAUCACCCCACCUGCUUCUUGUUUUCUCUUCUCCUGAUGGGAUUAGGCCACUUGAAGGAUCAGAUUCACUUUCAAAGAAGUCGGUGCUCUUGAAAUUGAUUCAAGAGAUCGAGCCACUGGAUGUAAGCCUCAUCCAGAGAGAUGUUCCACCUACUACUGUAGAUGCCAUGAAGAGGACUAUAUCUGGAAUGUUGGGAUUACUACCUUCAGAUCAGUUUCAAGUUUUGAUUGAAGCUUUAUGGAAACCCCUUUCCAAGUUAUUGGUUAAUUCCUUGAUGACAGGGUAUACACUGAGGAAUGCAGAAUAUAGGCUCUGUUUGGAGAGGAACUUUGAUACUGAUGAAGAAAUUACUGAUAAGCAGACAAUUGAAGAGUCCAAGUCUCAAGAGUUACAAACGUUAAUGCACAACAAUAUCGUAAAAAAUUCACCUAUGGGUGAAGAUGAAUUACAUAAGUCUGAAAAUACACCUGAGAUUCCAGAUCUUGGUCAAAUGACCCCGGAAGUUCAACAAUAUAUUUUAAAGCUGCAAUCCCGCUUGUUUUCUGUCAAAAAGGAACUCCAUGAAGUAAAAAGGAAGAAUGCAGCUCUUCAGAUGCAACAGUUUGUCGGGGAAGAAAAGAAUGAAUUGCUGGACUACUUGAGAUCUUUACAACCAGAAAAGGUUGCUGAGCUAUCAGAGCCAACAUCUGCAGACCUCAAAGAAACAAUUCAUUCAGUAGUUCACGGUCUUCUUGCUACUCUUUCGCCUAAAAUGCAUUCACAAGCUCCUCAUGUAUCCGAAAGCACCUCAAUAGGAACUGCAGAAAUUGGCAAUGAUCUUGUGGAGAACACUUCGAUUCAAUUUCAGCCCCUCAUUUCUUUGAGUCGGGACUAUUUGGCCCGUCUGUUGUUUUGGUGCAUGCUGCUGGGACAUUACCUUAGAGGGCUGGAAUACCGAGUAGAACUUAUGGACCUUCUAGCAUUGUCAAGCAAUGUACAGAACGAGAAUUCUGAUGGUGAACAUGUGCUGUGACGGUUUCUCUCUGUAUAUUUGUAGAAUAUGGUAACUUCUUGCACAUGUUUAUCAUGUGUUAAUUGUUAUAGUCUGAGCUGUGGUCGUUAAAGGAUUUGGGUCGGUUGGCAAUGACGUGAUGCAGAAACUGAAAUUGAGAAUUCAGAGAUGUUGACACCUAUGUUCUGCAAGAUCCAAGCAUAGCGCCGCAAUGGCAAUCACUUGGUGUUUGUCAAAUCUGCCAAAGCGGUUAUGGAGUUGGUAGGAUAUUGGUGUGAGCAUAUUUAAAGUCCGAUUUGACGUUUCUGGUUGUUGGGCGCAAGAGCGAUAGGAUGUGUUUCUUUCUUUCUGUAGAUUAGGUAAUUCCUUUGUAAUUGUGAAUUUUGAAUGUAGAAAUUGACCGCUGUUUGUACAUUUGCGCAUAUUCUUGUAAUAUUGGAGAAAUAAUAGUAAUGCUUUUGUGAUUGCUUGUGCA